CUUUUGCUUUGCACCACGAAGGAGUUUGAUCAUUAUAGCUAGCUAUAUAUAUUUAUCCUUAAUUAAGCAUUUCUAAGGGAAAAAAAAGAAUGGGAAUAAAUGCUCCAGUUCUGCUUACCUUUGUCACCAUCAUAUGUUUUGCUUCAACUUCAUAUACUUUCCAAGGGACUGCCAGCUUCUACAAGCCUCCUUACGUUCCCUCUGCAUGUAAUGGAUAUAGAGAUGAUGGCAUUUUUAUAGCCGGAGCAAGUGAUGCGCUAUGGAACAAUGGGGCAGCAUGUGGGAAAGAUUACUUGGUGCACUGUACUGGUGCUACAAACCAAGCACCACAACCUUGUAAAUCCAAAGCUGUUAGGGUCAGAAUUGUCGAUUAUUGUCCAAAAGGAUGCUCCGGAACCAUUAAUCUUUCAGAAGAUGCUUUCUCCAUGAUUGCUAAUCUCAGUGCUGGAGUAAUUAAGGUUGACUAUGCAGAGUACUACAAAAAGUGGGAGAAUUAAGAAGGUCUAGUGAGGGCAAGUUAUGACAUGAUACUGAAAUCACAUGGCUCGUUUUCUAGGCCUUUGAGCCAAAGAUGCUUCGGCUAA